GAUUUUAAUGGCAAUGAACGACUUGAUAAAAAAAAAGAAAAAAAAGUGUGAUUAUGCAACUUAUUCAUGUCUAGAGGCUGGAAGCCAGUUGUUGAGAGGCACUGCGUUACAAUGACACGCAACAGAAGGAACAAGAGGAUUAUCUGCUCAAUGAUAUUAGAUCUUCUCAAACGAGUCCUCAUUAAAACUUCUUGUUCUGAUGUUCGAACUCAUUAAACUCGAUUCUCGAUAUGAUUACCGCCGUAAAUCAUUGUUAUUAAGAUUUCCAUGCGCAGAUGGCGCAGGAAAUAAACAAGGAAUACACCAUCCGGUUUGAAACCCAUCUUCCUAGCAUUGACAAGCAUAUUCCUACCAUAAUGCUUCUGUGUCUAAUGGUACAGUCUAAUCUGAAUUGUUGUCCACGCGAGCCAAGAAGCAAAAAUAGCCAUUGUGACUUCCUUAUGGGAUGCCUACACUUUGAAGUGGCCUUUGCCCGACCAGUGUAUGUUCCCUCAGCUUCGAUAUUAGCACUCAUUAUCUACUUUUUUAUCACCUGCGAUUACAUGGUUCACCAGUGGACGACGAUCGAUGCUGCAACAGCGACGAAUAAUAAAUUACCGCUUCUCGUAAUUUAGUUUCAUAGCACUGAUGUCCUCAACACCUUCCGUUAAACUUUGCAGCGUCUCCGUAUAAUUUGUAAGCUCUCUUUCUUUCACAUGGUGAAAGGUACUUUAAUAUGAUAAUUCUAGACUAUUUAAUGUGUUGUUAUAUUC